GGCACUCGUAACUCUCGCGAGCGAAUUGUGGCCAAUGCAGCUGCACUGAACGAAAUUAGUGGGAAUUGCGUGGGAUUUUCGCCCACUUUAAGCCUGCCCAGUUGCGUUUCAAAUUGAAUUUGCAGUGGUUUUUAUUACGCUCGGCAAGGGCAAGGACCAUCCUUCACACGUCAAUGCAAUGUUAAUGUGCGGGGGCGACCCGGCUGGGAAAGGUCGGGAAAAACACAAAAAGCCAUUAAGUGGCAACCAAAAUACAUUCCAGGCCCAGCUGGAGGUCCUGUCGCCUUCUGAAAGCAACAAGUCUCACAUUGCGUAGCCGAGAUGUUGACCAAGGCCCAAGCUGCGGCCACUUUCAUUUGGCUUUCGAGUGUUAAGCGCGUCGGUUGCUAAGUGGAUCCUUAUUAAAAACACACUCCUGCAAUGAGAACGUCCAUGAGGAUUUCCCUGAGGCUGCUCGCACUCCUGGCCUGUGCCAUCUGCUCGCAGGCUUCGCUGGAAAGGGAGAACAACGAGGGCCCCAAUAUGGCGAAUCACAAGCUAAGUGGCGUUAUACAAUGGAAGUACGAGAAGCGACCAUUUUGCAAUGCAUUUACAGGAUGUGGACGAAAGCGUACGUAUCCCUCGUAUCCGCCAUUCUCGCUAUUCAAACGCAACGAAGUCGAAGAGAAACCCUAUAACAAUGAGUACUUAUCUGAAGGUCUAAGUGAUUUGAUCGAUAUCAAUGCCGAGCCAGCUGUGGAAAAUGUCCAAAAGCAAAUCAUGUCGCAGGCCAAAAUCUUCGAGGCCAUCAAAGAGGCAAGCAAGGAAAUCUUUCGGCAAAAGAACAAACAGAAAAUGUUGCAAAAUGAAAAGGAGAUGCAGCAAUUGGAGGAGCGUGAGAGCAAAUAAAUCGGAAGUAUCGAAAUAAUCGGAUAAAUCGGAAUUAUCGGAAUAGUCGGAUUUCUGGAAAGCAAAUUGACUGGACGGUUACCACACUGGUUUUGUUAUUGUACAUACUAUAUUUAUCCAUGACUUCUUGAAUUGUGAAGAAUUCUACAGCACUGGCAUUGCAUUCAAUAAAAAUUGUUGACCUCA